CACACACACAUACAUACACACCAUGCAGCAGGCAGCUCAACACGAACCGGCAGAAGCAGCAGAAACGUAAAAGAUGGACUAAAAAAUAUGUGUCUCCUUCUCGGAUCAUCAUCAACAUGUUUCCGGGAAUUGUCUAUGCACUGUUGGCGGGUUUCCUCGGAGCCGUGGCGUCGUCGUCGGCCAAACUGUCCCUCGGAGCCGACUACCUGAAGGGAGUCUGUGAAACCGGACUCCGGACGUGGGGAGAGCAGCGGAAAUUUAGACACGCGGAUGAAACUACCGCCUGCGACCGGCUCCAUAUCCCUCUAAGGCUGCUGUGUGGGGGGCUACUUUUCACCUGCAAUGCUGUGAUGUGGACCUUUCUUGCCAAAGCACUCAGGUACUCCUCUUCCUCCACCCAAACCACUGUGACCACUACAGCCUCCAACUUCAUAUCCUCCGCUUUCCUGGGCCAGCUGAUCUUUGGUGAAGCCCAAAUAACAUUGUGGUGGGUUGGGAUCUCCCUGACCUUCUCUGGUCUGUUGGUACUGCAGAGGGUUUCACCGCAGGAUGGACAACAUGACGCAGGCACCAAGGACGAAUAAUAUGACUGGUCUCCACUAGAGUUGGGCCUGGCUCCAACUGGCCUAUUACUGUCGUAAUAGGAGCGUUUUGGUUGGCAUCUCCUCUGAUUUUGACAUUUAGCCAAAGAAAAUUUCAUUUUUUUAAAUGUGCUGCCUUCCCUCCCUUCAUUAGACAAAUUGUAUUCUGAAUAAGUAAAUGCCCCUCAGAAUGAAGUAUUCCUUAUGAAAAGGAAAUGAUUUAUUUGUCAUGUUAAUAUUUAUCCUUCAGGUUGCCAUUUGGCUGAGAAACAGUAUUGUUUAGGUCUGUUUAAAAUCAGAGGAGUUGUUGGCCUUAAGCCAGUCUGGCCAUGCCCAGCUACAAUCUGGCAAGUGGAGACAAGAUAAUGGAUGCCUGCACCAAGUUUCCCAGAUGCUCGAAAAUCGUCUUUGCCGACGAGCUUACAAUAAAGCAAAAAAUAAACUA